GUCAGUCAAAACAUUAAGAGAAGAAGAACCCAGCGCAGUUAGUUUGCUAGCUAACGUUGAUACAGCUUGGCUUACAUUGUGUACUGUAAACCCUGGUCAAGGAGAAACGUUGUGCCCUAUAUUGCGUUGUGCUCUAUACUGACCGCCACACAAAUCGCUUGACGUUAUUUUUUCGUGUUCGGUUUGUAUGGCCAAUUUGGCAACGUUAGUACCAGUAGUUAGUUGAUACACAGUAACUCGCUAACUGUCAUGCAGCUAGGUACCUACUGUUAUGUCUGUAAUGUCACUGUUGUAACUAACUAGUUAGCUAAAUUUAACUGGUUGAAGUUGCCAGGGCGCCUUGGAAUCAUGACGCUUCCAGCUUUGCAGAACACGAGUGUGUUUUACCGAAGAAUACUGUCGCUGUUUCCUCAAGACAUCAGUCUGGCAUUUGCCUAUGGAUCUGGAGUUUUCAAACAAAACGGAACUAGUCAAAGUCAAAUGGCGAAAAACAUGCUGGACUUUGUGUUAGUGGUGGACGACCCAGUAACAUGGCAUACUAUGAACCUGAUGCAGAACAGAAAACAUUACUCUUUGUUGAAGUUCCUGGGGCCGAGGAAGAUCAGCCGGAUACAGGAACAUGGGGCUGGAGUUUACUACAACACGUUAGUGCCCGUGGAUGGAAAGAUCAUUAAAUAUGGUGUGAUUAGUACUGAUUCUCUCACUGACGAUCUGUUACACUGGAAGACCAUGUAUGUGGCUGGGAGACUGCACAAACCGGUUAAGAUCUUGGCUCAGGGUGAGAACGGGAAACUGCGUGCUGCGUUGGUGGGCAACCUGAAGAGCGCUGUGACCGCCUCCUUCCUCAUGCUACCAGAGAGCUUCUCUGAGGAGGACCUCUUCCUGCAGAUAGCCGGCCUCUCCUAUGCUGGGGAUUUCAGGAUGGUGAUUGGAGAAGACAGGUCCAAGGUAGCUAACAUCGUCAAAGACAACUUGCAACAUUUCCGCAUCCUGUACAACAAUAUCCUACAGGAGUGCCCUCAGGUGGUGUACAAGCCUCAACACGGGAAGUUGGAGGUAGAUAAAAGUCCAGAGGGUCUGUUUGUCCAGCUGAUGGCCCUCCCCAGGACACUGCAGCAGAGGAUAACAUGGCUUGUGGACCCCCCUGGGAAGAACCGGGACGUGGAGGAGAUCUUAUUGCAGGUGGCCCAGGACCCUGACUGUGGAUUUGUGGUUCAACAAGGGAUAUCUUCUAUAGUGAAGACUUCAAGCAUAACUCAGACCGCCAAAGGAAUCGCCACUGCUGGAGUGUGGAAGUCUGUGACUUAUAGCGCUAAGAAGCUGCAGAAGAUGUGGAAGGGCUGGAGAAGGAAGAGGCCUUGAUUUUCUCAGUCUGUCUUCUGAUUGGAUGAACUGCCUGUUGAAAUGUCUCUACCAACCAAUUGGCACACACCACCCUCUGAGCAAUGCUUUGAGGGGAGUAAUACCAGAACAAUUGACAUUUGAAAGCAGCUGGUCUUCCUACUGCCUCUAUUUUGUUUUCAUGCAAUGUUAUUUUUGGUUUAUUUACUCGUUGGAUUGGUGCAGUUCGUUGACACCCAGCCAGUCGUGGUCGUUGUGGUCAUUGACACCCCAGGUACCUGCAGAUCUUCGACAUUGUUUGUUGUCUAAGCACCGUCCCCUCAGUAUCACAGCUGGUCUGAGUCUGCCAGUGAAACAUCUGUCAACUGGCGUAAGUAAGCCAUUUCUAGGAUGGCACUGUUGUAAAAAGGAAAACGGGGAAAGAUGAGUAUGUCACUGGCAUUUGGUACAGGGAACUUCUACGGAAUCGUGGUGGUGUUUGAGUCAUCACUGAUCUGUUUGAACGGGGUCUUCAGUUGUCUCUCUGUUCACACGCCCUCGCUGCACUUAAUACAGGUGUUCUAACAUGA